UAUUGUUAUGUUAAGCCAUAUUUACUUACAUGCAUGCUGUGGACACUGGACAGUGCUUGCUAGUGAAGGGAUGGAAAGGUUCAAGCUGGAGCUUCCCUCAUGGAAAAAAGAGCAAAGACGAAGAAGAUCAUGCAUGUGCCAUUAGAGAAGUCAUGGAAGAAACAGGUUUUGAUGUUUCAAAACUUCUAAACAAGGAUGAAUACCUUGAAGUUAUUUUUGGACAACAGAGAGUUAGGUUUUACAUUAUUGCUGGAGUGAAAGAUGAUACAACAUUUGCUCCUCUUACCAAAAAGGAAAUCAGUGAUGGUGCCGAGAAUGGUUAUGGUGCUAAAGCAACAGAAAUUCUCGAUCAAGUUAGAGGAAGCCAUUCCUUUAUUUUUUUGGUUCAUUGUCUCCGUGAUGGAUCAUGUGCAAUAGUGACUGACUAUCCAAAAUUAUAUCUAACAGGAAGUGGAGGUUAUUCUUACUUGUAUGAGCCGCUUUGGUGGGUGGGAAUGAUAACAAUGAUUGUUGGGGAGAUUGCCAAUUUUGCAGCUUAUGCAUUUGCCCCAGCUAUAUUGGUCACCCCUCUUGGUGCUCUUACCAUUAUUAUCAGUGCUGCUCUUGCUCAAAUUAUUUUACGGGAGAGGCUACAUAUUUUUCGAAUUCUUGGUUGCAUUUUGUGUGUCGUGGGAUGUACAACAAUUGUUUUGCAUGCUCCUCAAGAACGGGAAAUUGAAUCUCUUUCAGAAGUGUGGGAUCUUGCUAUGGAACCAUCAUUUCUCUUUUAUGCAGCUUUCGUAAUAAUAGCUACUUUUAUCCUUAUCUUCCACUUCAUUCCUCUCUAUGGCCAAACACACAUAAUGGUUUAUAUCGGUGUUUGUUCCCUUGUAGGUUCUAUAACGUUCAAUGAUAUUCCUUCAACUUUGGCAGUAAAUUAUAUCACUUUUGGAAUUGGCUGCUAA